AUGGACAAGUCGUCCAAUCUCGCAAAUGGCGCGUCUGCCAACCAGACACACGGCCUGAACCCCACGCCCGUCCGCGAAUCAGUAUCGGCCUCCGUCCGCAGAGCGGAUCUGUCACGGUCCACAAGACCAGCACCGCAAAUAUCACAGGUCGCUUCGCUGUCCCCGUCCUUGCCCUCGUCCCCAUUUGCGUCUCGAGAGCCAUCCCCGAUUCGUCCUUCGGUCCGCCCCAACAAAUCCGUAAAAGCAGCCUUGGCCGCGGCUCCAUCACCAGGUCCGACAUUGUCAGCAUCGCAGGCAGCAGCAGCAGCAUUGCCCUCAUCGCAGGCAGCAUCGUCAUCCACAAACCCCCAAACUCCGGGCUUCCGCAUACGACGGAGCAGCCAACAAGACCCCAGUCCACCACGUCUCUCCCGGUCCAAAAUCCGAACGCCAACGGCGCUGAAGUCGACGACACUGUCCAACACGGCCAUACCCUCACUACCGCCCGCAACCUCCGAUGCCUCCUCCGUCCAUACUCCAGGCCCACAGAAAUCCGAACAGCCACAAGGCUCGCCCCGCUGGCCCAUCUCACCCCGUCUGCGCUCUCCGCCUCCCGUCCUGCGUCAGCCGGAGCUCGGCACAGCCACCGUUUCCUCCAUCCCGACAGCUGAACCUGCCGCCACCGUUGCCUCUGCUGCCUCCACUGCGGACUCUACACCGACGCCGUCCGACAGCGAGGCCGAGGAAUCCUACCUGACCAUUUUAUCGGGAAUGCGGACACCCAGCCGAACUGGGACUGGCGGUGUGCCGAUGCUGGAGACGGUGCAGGAGGCAAGCCCCCUGGGAUCACCACGGGCCCUCGAUGCGGCGUUGGAGAAGCUGGAAACGGCGAGCAUCACGUCCAACGCCAGCAUCUUGACGACGUCGGAGGUGUCGGAGGUGUCGGAGGUGUCGGAAGUGUCCUCCAAUAAGACGAUCCGCGCCAAGCAGCUGUCAGGCCAUGGCCAAGCAGAGAGCGGGAACGAGAGCAGCGUCAGCAGGGCCAACCGCCGUGCUGCCACGACUUCCACGUCUGCGUUACCACCGCUGACGCCACGUCAGUCGUCCAGCACGAUCAGAACUAGCGCUGCCAAGGGAAAGACGGGCGAGGGUGCACAGGCGACGAUGACGGUGGAAACGGAAACGGUGACGUCAAUACCCAACGUGGCUCUCGGGCCUGCAGCCGCCCAAGGCGUCAACGGCAGCCUGCGCGCGCGGCCAAGCACAGAGACGAUUCGGCCAAAGAAGGAGAGAAAGAAGACAAGUCGGAAGCAGUCGGCUGUGACACAGGGAACAGCUGCAGCGACGUCCAAGGCAGACAUCUUCGAGGCCAAGGUUGCCAGCGCCGUCGACGAGGCCAACACAUCGGACUCGGAAGAGACAUUUGUGUACGACUCAAACCCGGCCGACGGCCGAGACCGCCCCCUUCGCUUCCACCACUCGCGCACGCCAAGCGUGACGUCUGUGUCGGUGGCCAACGACCGGAGCGGCAUGCGGUCCAUCCACAGCGUCAUGGAUACGCCUGCGACGGCGACAGUCAAGAAGAGUAUGAAGUUUGUAAACACCUUUGGCAACAGCAGCGGCAACGACAGCGCGCUCGGUGACGACGAGGCCAAGGGCACGGCAGGCCGUGGCAUCGUGGCUGGUUCCGGCCGCGGAACCGUGCGUCUUCACCACCACGUCGGCGGAAGCCACAUUGGCCGAUGGGGUCUCAGCGGUCCCAAGAAUGGACACCAGUCGCUCUUUGACAGCGAGUCGCCAUUUCCGGUCAGCGGCGGCACGAUGCGUGUCAAGCUGCCGCCGGGUGCUAGCGGCAGCAACAGCCUGGGCGUGAGACAGAUGACCGGCCCGGCCAGUCCCCGAGCCACCGGCAGCGUUCGGGGCAACGGCCCCUACUCGAAGCGCGGCCUUGGUGGCAACGGGCUUCCGCACGGAUACGACCUGGACGAGACGUCCGGACGGGUCCAGGACGAGAGGACACCCCUGAUCUCGCCGUCGAUGCGGACUGGACGGAGCGGCCGAGGAUCGCGGCGUCACCACGUGUCGAUGCGUUCGCUGGAACAGCAGUCGUACCGGCCGGCGCCGUCUUUUUUGAAUCGAUUUGCCAGCUGCCUCGUGCUGACGGUAAUGCUGAUGCUGGUGAUCUCGGGAGCUAUCGGCUUCAUGUUUGCCACGUCGCAGCCGCUGGAGGAUAUUGAGCUGGUCAAGAUCAACAACAUCAUUGCCAGCGAGCAGGAGCUGAUGUUUGAUCUGCUGGUACGAGCGCAUAACCCUAACGUCGUCGUCGUCACCGUGGACGCCGCCGACAUGGAGGUCUUUGCCAAGUCGCCGCAUGCCGGGGCAGACUCGGAGUGGUGGCGUCGGCCACACGGAACAGCCGGUAAGCCGGCGCCGUCGGAGAGGGCUGUCGGGAACGACGUUCACACCGACGACGUGGAAAAAGAGCCGCGCGACCAGCCGGACUCGUCGCCGAACUUUUUGCUCGGCAAGUUCACCGAGUUCGACAACGCGCUCUCCUUUGAGGGGUCCUUUUUCCACCACGGCCUAUCGACCUCGCGAGCCGGCAUCCGAAUUCGGCGGCCUGGGAACGGCACCGACGGCGGCUCCGAGCGGUGGGAACGCAUCCUGGAAGACGAGUUCGACCUCAUCGUCAAGGGCGUGCUGCGCUACUCGCUGCCGUUGAGCCAGCGGGUGCGCAGCGCCCUGAUUGAGGGCCGCACGACGGUGAAGCCAAACGCAGCCGAUGGCCCGGCGCUGCAUCCCAACGAAACAGCGACGAUAUCGUGA